UCCAAGCGGCGCCAGAACCGAAGUUGCGAUCACUGCCGCUCGGGCAAACGUCGAUGCGAUGUGCGGUACAAGCCGGGCGACCCAUCUCCUCCGCCGCCAUGCUCGAACUGCAAGAAGUGGAAGAAAUCCUGUACGGUGGAGUGGAUAAAGGCGCGAGAGCAGAACCCGCCCGCGCGUUCUGCGAAUCGCCAGCGGCGGAAGUCUUCUGCUAGACCACGCGACCAUAUCGCCACCACACACCUGUGCUCGAGCAAUGACACCCUGUGGUCAGCGUCGCCAGAGGGCUAUUGCCCGCAAGUUUUACAUAGCCGUACAGCCAUCGACCGCGAGAGACUUUGCGAGCUCUCCAUCCCGAGCGCCAACAACUCUGCUAUACCUGAAGAAUGUGCCCGACCAUCAACCGAGAUCGACCGUAGCCUCUUUUCGCCAACUGAGUCCGUGAUACUUGCCUGUUCGACCCUCGACGGGAACCUAAAUCAGGCGAGCGAGCAGAAAGCGGAUGCAGAAUGCUCUGUCAGUGGCAUUGAUUUCGGCCUGUGUGCAAGCUCGAGCCCGAAUCUGCCAUUGACCCCGACAAUCACCCGAAGCUCUGUAUCGGAGAAAGAGCAACUGGAAAGGAAAUCCUGGUCCAUUCGAGACACAUUCAUUCGACCGCCCUCGCCAUUCAGUGCACAAUUCUUAGCCGACGACUAUAAUCGGCUGCACAUCAACCAGAGUCUCCUCAAGAUCUACCAUGACUCUCUAGAGGGCGCCUUGAGCUGUUGGCUGACCGAGAGAAACUGUCCUUACAGCUUCUCCACCUUCGAUAGCAAAGAUGCAUGGGGCUCCCGAUGGGCAAGUAGAAUGGUCAAGCGAGUCUGUUCUCUGGAUAAUGAGUACAGCAAGGCAGGCCUGCUGUCAAAGUUGGAUCACAAGGAAGGCUCCAAGGUGCUGAACAUGGUAGUGUUAGCGUUUGCUGCGCAAUGGGCACAGACGGGCCAGCGUUACGACCAACCCGAACGAUUCGCCUCCAAAGAAAGUUUUGGUCGUGACACGCAGAAAGAUCUUUGGCACCAGGCCAACCGAGCACUGCGCGCUGCUUCCGACAACAACUCCUUCCAAGCCAUAUUCGCAGGCAUUAUAUUCUCCCUCACGCAGCGGCCUAUUGAUAGUACCGAAGUUCUGCUAGAUCUCGAUUCUGCUGAGCAAGAUGAGCUUGCGUCAUUGUUCAACGUCCUAGACAUCGAUGGCCCCACUGUUACUCUUGAUAUUGCUCUGCGCAAGCUCCAUGACCAUCAAAGACGGCUCCAAGGAUCACGACAUCCGGGCGUCUAUGGGGCAAAGGCGCCGCGUGGUCUCUCAGCAGACCACAUGGAAACUUUCGGCCUGCUUUAUUGGCUUGCGGUGAUGUUCGACACUCUCAGUGCUGCUAUGAACCGCAGAUCCUUCACCAUUAGCGAUGCCGAUACGAGCGUAAGCCGUUCCGAGAGGAAGCUCGCAGCUGUUGAUACUCACCCCGUGCAAAGUUCUGCAAGCACUUCUGAUGAUGCGGACGUUUGGGGCGAUUACUUCUUGCGAGAGCAAUCGUACGUAGGAGAUGUUCGCAAGACGACAGCUCGCUGGCCUUGCGAAUACGUCGAUGCUGCUUCCUGUCUAGCCGAUGCUGCGCCUGUGAAAGUGCUAUUGUAUCGACGCCUCGGCCAUUUGCAAAGCUUGUUUUACCAGCGUGCGCCAGCGCAGGAAAUUGAAGAGUCGCUUGAAGCAGCUAUGGAGGUGUACAAUCACUGGAAUAGUACAUAUGCACUUUUCAUCGAUGAUUGCAUAGGCAACCACGAGGACUUACCCGCACGAAUCCAGUCAUGGUAUACUCUCCUCUGUGGUCACUGGAAUUUGGCUGUGCUGAUGUUACUGGACCUCAUCGAUACUCUCGACAAUGCUGACAUGACAAUGCCUACGCAUCGUCACUUGAGACAAGAAAUCCACUUCACUGGCCCGCUGCGAGAGACAGCUGUCGCCGCAAUAUCCGAACUGGGCCGUUGCUGCUGUAGUGGCAGCGUCGAAGAGCCUUUGGCCUUCUCGCAGUCACCUGAUUUCCACUCUGCAGUAAACAAGGCCGCACUACUCACCGAGCCAUGGACCGUUGUACUCGUACGAGCGUAUGGGUAUGCUGGCGCCAUCCUGGCCAACCGACUGCGUUCUGAAGUCUAUGAAGUCGCCGAUAUGGAUGCGGUGGCUUCUGCGAAGACCAGAGAGCGGCUGCGUUACUGUAUCGAGGGACUUCAUCUCCUCGGCAAGAAAAGUGAUAUGGCUCUAUGCGCUGCUGAAUUACUCUCUCGCGCA